GACAUAGAGGUGGGCCUUUUCUUGCCAGUAAAAAUGAAACUAGCAGAGGCAAAGAGUCGAGAAAAAGGGAAGGAGUUGGGGAAAGCGAAGCAAAGCAAAGCAAAGACAUAAGAGGGAGUGUAGCUAGGCGAGGAUGCCUCUCGAAGAGGAGGCAGCGAUCCAGACAUCAACGACACGGAUUCAUCCCUCGAUCCUCGCUAAAUUUUCUUCACUCUCUCACAGAAAUCUUCUUGUUCUUGUUCUUGUUCUUUUUCUUCAGUUCGAUCAAAUAAGCUCGAGGGAGGAUCGAUCUGUGUUGUCUUUGAUUCUUUGACUUGGGUCGCUCUCUGCAACUCGGUUUCGAGGAGGAGGAAGAGGAUAGAAGGAUGCGAAGCAUGGCCAGCUCUGCUGCCUCCAAGGGCAUCGUCGCCAUUGUUGGCGUCGGCCCUAAGCUCGGCCGCUCCGUUGCUCGCAAGUUCGCCCACGAGGGCUACACCGUCGCCAUUCUUGCCCGUGACCUCGGAAGGUUGUCGAGGUUCGCGGACGAGAUCGCGAGGGAAGAGAAGGCGCAGGUGUUCGCAAUAAGGAUAGACUGCUCGGACACGAGGAGCAUCAGGGAGGCGUUCGAGGGUGUGCUGUCUCUUGGGUUCGUCGAGAUUCUGGUGUACAACGCGUACCAGCCCGUGCCAGCCACCUCCUUCGCCGACCUCCGCCUUGAUGCCUUCGAGAAGUCCCUCGCCGUCUCCGCCGUCGGCGCCUUCCACUGCGCUCAACAGGUCCUGCCGGGGAUGGUGGAGAGAGGCAGAGGGACAAUACUCUUCACGGGCUGCUCAGCCUCUCUCAAUGGCAUUGCAGGCUUCUCUGAAUUAUGCUGUGGGAAGUUCGCAUUGAGGGCACUGUCACAGUGCUUGGCGAGAGAGUUCCAGCCGCUUGGAGUGCACGUCGCUCACAUCGUCCUCGAUGGCCUCGUCGGCCCACCAAGGGGACCAUCGACGGCACAGAGAGCGUUGGUUGGGGAGCAACAACAGCAAAGCUUCAGCGCAGGAGGAGGAGAUCAUGGGUCCGGGUCGACGGUCGCGUCCGGAUCCAACUCCACGGCAAUGGACCCCGAUGCAGUGGCUCAGACCUACUGGCACUUGCAUGUUCAGGACCGAGCCGCUUGGACGCAGGAGAUCGACCUCCGCCCCACCGAUCUCCGACUCUUCUAGUAAUCCCUACUCAUAAGGAAGAUAUUACCCUGUUCAUUCCGUGGUCCGAAACGAGAACACAAGUUCAUCUGGUUAUUAAAUUACGAGAACGCAGGUAAGAAGAGCUCGAAGAAAUUUUUUCAAAGAAGAAAUGGGCCUACGCGUCUCCUAUUUGAUUCUCUCUUUGGAUAUAGUUGAUGAUUUGUAGAUAGCGUCACAUAUAUGAGCUCAAUGAUUGCUUUUGUUUGCCGAAAUGUAAGAUAACUUUCGUGGUAGCGUGUGGAAUUUCAUCUAUGUAAAGUUUCUAUGACAAUCGAAGCGAUAUAGCAAA